CCCAUGUCCACCAUGAUGAGUCAAAUUUGUGCUAUUUUGAUUUGAUCUGUCUGCAGUUGUUGGUUGCUCUGUCCGCUCUGUCUGUCAAGUAUUUCCGUUUAAUUUGCCGCAAUGUUACUUCUGAUGAUUAUUGCGAUCCUCAUGUGUGGCAUGGUUUCCUUGCCUUGCAGCGCACAGGCUUACCGCGGACCAUUCCAGAAAAUGUUUGCAGCCAACCCGCCAAAGUACGCCAAAAAGACGGGUGCUGACCCAGGCCAGCCCUUGUUCCUGACACCUUAUAUUGAGGCAGGCAAAAUCAAACAAGGUCAAAGAUUGAGUCAAGUUGGAGUGCUCAAUGGAACUACAGUUGCGAGUUUCUCAGGGUAUCUUACCGUAAACAAAGAUUACAACAGCAAUUUGUUCUUCUGGUUUUUCCCAUCACAGUCUGAUCCAGUAAAUGCCCCAGUGUUACUCUGGUUGCAAGGUGGUCCAGGUGGCACCUCCAUGUUUGGUCUCUUUGCAGAAAAUGGACCUUUCACUGUUACAAAGGACCUCAAAUUGGUACCUAAAAAGUAUGCCUGGACCUCUAAGUAUUCUGUUCUGUACAUUGACAACCCGGUUGGAACUGGAUUCAGCUUCACUGAACAUGACCAAGGUUAUGCCAACAACCAGUCUAUCAUUGCUGCACAACUAUACAGUGCCCUUCGGCAGUUUUUCACACUGUUCCCUGAAUAUCAGAAAAACGAUUUUUAUACAACUGGUGAGUCCUACGCCGGAAAGUAUGUGCCCGCUCUGAGCUACCUCAUCCAUCUUGAGAAUCAAUGGCCAAGCACCAAAGUCAAAAUUAACUUAAAAGGAAUGGCAGUGGGUGACGGGUUCACAGCUCCGGAUAAGCUUAUUCCAGGCUACGGUGCAUUCAUGGCAGAAGUUGGGAUUGCUGAUUUUACCCAGAAGGGGAAAAUUGAUGAAAUUACCUCCUACAUUGUGACUCUCAUUGCAGCAGAGGAGUGGGAGUUGGCUGCGAAGGUAAUGGAUAAGCUUAUAAAUGGGGAGAAUUCCUUCUUCAAUAAUGUGACUGGCAUGACAGAUUACUACAACUACUUGAGAACCAAUUCACCAGCUGACCAGGGUUACUUCAAUAGGUACCUAGCCCUACCGGAGGUGAGGAAAGCCAUACAUGUGGGUAAUCUUACCUUCAACAAUGGGGACAAAGUUGCUGAGCACCUUCGAGAGGAUUUUAUGCAGUCGGUCGAGAGUACCCUCGCAGUUCUCGCCGAUGCCGAUUUCAAGAUUCUGUACUACAGUGGUCAACUUGAUGUCAUAGUCGCUGCUCCGCUCACAGAAGCCUUCCUCAAUCAGCUGCCGUGGAAAGGUCGUGACAAAUAUCUCUCAGCUGAGAGAGUUGUCUGGAGGAUCUCUGGUGACACUGAAGUAGCUGGCUAUGCAAAGAAAGCAGGGAACCUUAUACAGGUACUUGUGAAAGGGGGUGGGCACAUUCUGCCAUAUGACCAACCACGACGCUGCUUUGACAUGAUUGACAGGUUCAUCACUGGACGACCUUUUGACCUUUAGCCUGUGAAGGCAGAUUGUAUUACAGGUAAUCAAUUGUGUUUGUCGGGCACAAUUCUUGUUUUGUAUAUAGGACCCAUACAUCAAGAUUGAGGCAUUCUGAAAUUUUACUCAUUGGUUCACGACUAACUCAAAGGAUCAAGUUUUUGUGCACACAGUAGGAUUUUAUGCGCAUAUUAUGUUGGGUCCAUAUGGACUAAUCUGCCAUCCCACACUAUUUUGUCAAUCUCUCUCUAAAGCAACGAGUGCUUUAAGUACAGCUACAAACUGAAGAUGGUGAAGUAUUGCAUGGGUUGGAAAAUGAUUAGGACCAAAAUGCUUUGCUUGAAUUCCUGGCAAGCAAACCAUCAAGAUAUGUUUCUGUAAAUGCUCAUUUUGGGAAAUUAAUGGUCAAAAUAAAAGUAACUAUUUGGUGGAUCUAGUUAAGUCUACUUUGCUAAAGUGAGUUUCUAAUUGGCAAGGCUGAAACAUAAUGUAUUGUAAGAUUGUAAUUGCAAACAAUGCUUCAUAUAUGUUCAAAGUUCUUAAUGCUCUGUAAUAACAUCAUUGUUGCGUUUUUAUUUUUAUUUUAUUUUUGAAUGGUGCGGUUCUACAACGGCCAUGGUAUUUUACGCCUUUUCCUCUUUAAAUUUUUACUGGUUGCAUUUUUCUUAUUCUGUUUUUGUAUCUUGGAUAGUUUUCUGGAUCGAUAUAUUUUACGGUGGAUUUACUAAAUGUGUUUGAUUUAUCAUAUAUAAACAUUUCUGUUUACUUGUACUUGUAUUUUUAAUCAUCAUAUGUUGUGGAUUUUAUUUUUGACCUUUAAAUCAUUAAAAUGAUUUUGCUUUUUGUGGUUUAAUUAUAUAUAUAUUUUUCAAAGCGCCUGGGAGCAUUUUGAAUGGAUUUGGCGCUAUAUAAAUGUGGUUUAUUAUUUUUUACUACUGUAGUAAAUAAUUUCAAAGGUACUAAACAGGAUUUGUAGAUCUGACAAAAUAGUUGCAGACUGUUCAUGUCGUGAUCAACCAAUUCAAGAAGUAACAAAUCUGUGCAAAUUUGGAUUUAAUUUGCUGUGUCAGCCAAGUGAAACUUGUGAUGAAACAUAAUUAUGACAAUGUUUAUUCUAGUCAUUAUGAAAUCAGCAUUCAUAAAUACCUGACAGUUUCGCUAUUCCUAUUGUUGGAGGGCGCGUCACGUGGGUGUGUACAAAUCUUUG